AUGGACAGACAGGUACUUGCUCCUACACCUGAAGAUGUAACAAAAACUAAUAAAGCUGAAAAAGAACCAAACGAAGUGACACCAGAGUUAAAGAAGCCUAUGAGUGCAGAGGUCGAAACUAGUAAGAGAUACCAACUUGUGGUUCCUUACCCUCAAAGAUUGACAGCUGGCCAAAAAAACAAAUACCAUACUGAGAAUCAAGAAAUCUUCAAGCAAAUGAAGAUUAGCAUUCCACUUUUAGAUGCCAUACAAGAAGUUCCCUUGUAUGUAAAGUUUCUGAAUGACUUAUGCAUAAUGAAUAGGAAGCUGAAUGUAAAGAAGAAAGCUUUACUAACAGGGCAAGUCAGUACAUUGAUAUUGAGUGGGACUCCUCAGAAGCUCAGAGAUCUCGACUCUCCCAAUAUUUCCAUUAUGAUUGGUGAGUCACGCAUUAAGAGAGCUUUACUUGGUUUGGGGAGCAAUCAGCCAGUCUCCACUAUUUACCAUGUGCCUAUCAUCCUUGGACGCCCAUUCCUUGCUACUUCCAAUGCACUGAUCAAUUGUCAAAGUGGAGUACUGAAGUUCACAUUGGAGAUGAAUGUGUUCAAUGCUUGUAAGAUGCCUAGUGGAUGCGACGAUUCAGAGGUGCAUGCAGUUGAUAUAGUAUAUGAUUUUGAUGUUUCGGAGUUGUUAUCGGUAUUUGAUUCUGAGAGUGCAUUUGAGGAUGACUUUUCCGAGCAAUCCAACGCUCUUGUUGAGACAUUGAUGAGGCCAAUCUUUGAAGCUCUUGAUUUACUGGCAGUCAUGAAGUCAUCAGAAGAAGAAGUCUCAACAUUGGACUUGAAGCCACUACCCGAGGACUUGAAGUAUAUUUUUCUGGGCCAAGUUGAGGGCACAUUUCCGAUAGUCAUUUCUUCUCAGCUUACUUUUAGGAGCGAUAGGCUGAGACAACAUCGAGGAGAGAUAGGAUGGACUAUUGCCGACAUCAAGGGUAUUGACCCUUCAAUCUGUACCCACAACAUUUUUCUGGAAGGAGAUGUGAAACUAGUUCGUAAUGCACAGCGGAGGUUGAAUCCCACCAUGAAGGAGGUGAUGAAGGAAGAGGUGCUGAAAUUGUUAGUUGUGGGCAUUAUCUAUCCUAUCUCCUAUAGCAAGUGGCACUGUAUGAUGAACAUUUUUAAUGACUUGCUUGAUGACAUUUGUGAGGCUUUUAUGGAUGAUUUUUCUGUGUUUGACUUUAGUAGUAUUGCAAAACCAUUGAGUACUUUGUUGCAAAAUGAUACUGCUUUUGUUUGGACUGAUGAGUGCCAGCAUGUUUUUGAGACCUUGAAGAAACACUUAACAGUUGUUCCUGUUAUGCAAUCUCCUCGGUGGGACUUGGCGUUUGAAGUUAUGACUGACGCUAGUGAUUUCACUCUUGGUUCCGUUCUUGGCCAAAGAGUGGGCAACAAGCAUUCAGUCAUUUAUUAUGCAAAUCGUACUUUGAAUGAUGCAUAG